AUGUUUUACAGCAGAUCAAAUCCAAAAUUGUCAGAUUAUUAGAAUAAAUUAAAUACAUCAUCUUAUUCAAGUAAAUCACGUGGAUCUUUUAAGGAAAUUUCUCCUGAAACUAGAAACAUUACUCCCAACAAUUUAAAUAGACCAUUAACUGCUCGUAAUGAAUACACAAAUCCAUCAAAGGUGAAGUAAUUACUAAGCAAUUUGAUACAACCUGAUUAACAAAAGACUUCAACAUAAUUAUUUGGAUAAAACUUAAUUCAAAAAAAAUAACUUGAUAGCACGUCAAGCAGAUGUGAUAGUUUAUUCUCAAGCAGAAUUUCUAAUUUUGGAAAAUAGAAUGCAAAGUCGCCUCAAAAUAAUGAAACUUUUCUAAAAUCUGGUUUCAUAGUUACAGAGACUGAUUAAGAUAAGAAACUACACCAGAACUUGUAUUAUAUAUCUAAUAAACAAAACGAAUUCAAUUCAUCAUAGCAAAUAAUCAAUAAAAACUAAAAAUUGCUAACCAUUUCAUAAAUUGCUCAAUAAUGCAAAAAAAACAGCAUAACACCAAAACGAUAAAAUACUGUAAAUAAUGAAAAUAUCAACAACUUAAACAAUAUAAAUAGCAAUUCUAAAAACAAGUAAUAAAGUAAACAAAUUGUUUAAGUUGGAAAUAUUAAAAAAAACAAAACAACAUACGUGGACACUUUUAAUAUUUUAAAAUAGAAGUUUGAUAAUAAUAUUCAAUCAAAUUAGACUAAAAAUAUUACAUCAGGAAAGAAAUAAAAUGAAAAAUCAAUACCAAUUAAAUCUACAACUUAAAGUUCAACUGUUUAAAAGAUUGAUGAUGUCACUUAAUAAAAUAUAUAUAAGUCACUUUUGUAAAAGGAACAGAUUUGGAAUGAUAUAAUCAAUUUAAUAGAUAAUCCUAAUCAAUUUACUCUAGCAACUAAGUGUACUUAAUUAUAAAAGUUAAUUCGGUUAAUCAGUGAAAAAAAUUAUAGUGAAUAUUUGUUUCGAAUAGAACCUCAAAUACUUGAAAUAUUUUUGUAUGAAUCUUUUGCAUGUUAUCUUAUAAUUAGCGAUUACUUAUAAGAUCAAACUAAUCAAGAUCAUAACAUGAAGAAUUUGAUAUAGUAUAUAAUUAAUAGCAAUCUCUAUGUGCUUUAAGUGUUGGAAGGUGUGACAACCAAUCCAUUAAAUUUGAAUUUAUUGAAACAGAGAAUAGAUUUGAGAAUUUUUAAUGUCCGUAAAGUUUGUCCAAAAGGAAGACAGGCCUUACAAAAGAACAAUUAUAUCAUCAAGUCUAUUUUGAGUUUAAUGUACUUUAUCUAAUCAAUAUAAAAGUCCAAAAGGAUUGACGAAAUAACACGCCCAGAAGUUUUUAUGAUUUUAUCUCGAAUAACCACCACUCCAGAUUAAUACACAUUGCAAUAGAAGAAAAUUAAUUCUAUGAUCGAGUAAAUUAUGCCACUUGAUUUGGAAAGAGCUUUGGCUGCUUCCAAUAAAGAGUAUACUCUAGUUUUAGACUUGGAUGAAACUUUAGUUCAUUAUUAAGAAUUUCCAAAAGGAGGAGGACAAUUUCUAGUGAGACCUUUUGUGGAAGAAUUCUUAGAGUAGUUGUCUAAAUACUAUGAGAUAAUUAUAUUUACUGCUGCACUUCCAGAUUAUGCUAAUUUCAUCAUCGAUAUCAUUGAUAAAAAGGGAUUCGUCAAAUAGAGAUUAUACAGAGAUAAAACUAUUUUUAAAGACUAAGUCUACAUUAAAGACCUUUCGAUUCUAAAUCGAAGUUUAUCCAAAACUAUAAUAGUCGAUAAUAUGCCUGAGAAUUUUUAAUUGCAACCAGAAAAUGGAAUUUAUAUUUAAAGUUGGUUCGGAGAUACUUAAGAUAGAGCAUUAAAGGAUUUAUAACCUUUAUUAGAACAAAUAGCCAUUAAAAAAUGCAAAGAUAUAAGAGUAGCAUUGAAUUAAUUCAGGGAACAAAUGAUUGAAAGAGUCUAAAUGGGAAUUAAAAAUCCAUAUUAAUAUCUUUAAUUAAAUUGA